AAUCAUCAUCACUCACUACGUUUCCUCAAUCUUCUACUAAACAUUUCCCUCAAAGAAAAUGGCAACUUUUGCAACAAAGUUGAUGUGCUUGUUCCUCAUUCUGGGUCUUGCUUCCCCUAGCUUUGCCACAGACAUCGUAAACAUUGAUUGGAGCUUGGAAGCUAGCCUUGAUUUGGACCUAACCUUAAACGUUGGCGAUGUUGUGGUUUUCAACUACAUCCCAAAACUUCACGACGUGGUUCAAGUGGACAUUGAUGGCUACAAAUCUUGCGUUCCAACAAAUAUAUUGUAUAGGGAUGACAGUGGGAAGACAACUAUUACUUUGGACAAAGCUGGUGUUCGUCAGUAUAUCUCUUCUGUCGCCACUGACUGCCUUAAAGGUCUCAAGAUUACUAUCACUGUACUUUGAAAACAAGUAAAGGGAAACUGAUUUAAUUCCUGCUGUUACGUACUUUUGAGUAUGUAUGAAUAAUGUUUUUCAGCAUGCGAUCAGUAGAAAGCAUGCAUGUACGUUACAUUAAGUAUUGUCGUCAAUAAGCUCCAACCAUGCAGCAGGCUCGUCUCUUGUGGGGAAAAAAUGUACGUCGAGUUUUUGACCUA